AUUUCAACCAUCCAUGGAUGCUUUGCCCUGUUGCUUUGCUUAGAACAAGAGAAGAUUCAGCAUGUGAAUUGUUAAUUUCUCUGUUCAUCGUUCUCAUCCCAUUUCGUUCCAUGUUUGUUGGUUGGUUAUCUGUCUCAAUCUUUGUGAUGCCAGCUCUGUUCAUCUUGCAGUUUCUUGUUUCCCUGAUUGGAUUUGUUUCUUGAUGUGAUUGGACUUUCUUGUUGGAUUGAUGAUAUGUCAGCAGCAAUUCAACUUUUCUGUUGUUUCCGGAGCCUGGAAAGAAAUGCAUCCGAUCAUUCGAUCUGAUGACAAACAAAAAGGGCAAUUUGGUUAGCUUGCAUUGUACGGAUGGAGAACAGGAUUCCAUGAAUCGCAUCCAGAAUUGCCAAAUCUAAGGAUCGCAGCUGCUCCAUUGAGGGGGGAAAGGCGCAGCGAGAUCAAGAGCAAUGGGGGAGCUGGUGGUCGCCGGGAGGUACUGGUGCCACAUGUGCGCCACGGCGGUGAGCCCUGUAGCGGCGGACGCAGGGAUGGAGAUCAAGUGCCCGUAUUGCAGCAGCGGCUUCCUCGAGGAGAUGGAGACCGCCCGCAGCAGCGUCGCCAACGGCAGUGGCCACGCCCACGCCCACGCCCACGGCGGAACUUACCCCAGCGCCGACAACGCGAUCUCCAUCUGGGCGCCGAUCAUCGACAGCAUGGUCGGUGAUCCCGUCCGGCGCCGCCGCAGCAACCGGCGUACUGUGGAUGCCGUCGCUGCCGCAGAGGACGAGCUGGACAACGUCGACUUCUCGCGGCGCCGACGUCGCGCCACCGCGUUCUUGCGGCUCCUGCAGGCGAUCCGGGAGCGCCAGCUCCAGCGCCUUGAAUCCGCUGCCUCCCUCAGUGGCACCGGUACCGGCCUCGAGGCAGAGCACUACAGCCCUUUCGGCCGGAGCAUCUUCGCCGCCGCCCCCCUCGGCGAGCACGGCAUGGCGCUGGGCGACUACUUUCUUGGCCCCGGACUGGACGCGCUGAUGCAGCAGCUGUCCGAGAGCGAGGCGGGCCGGCAGGGCACGCCGCCGGCGAAGAAGGACGCCGUGGAGGCGCUGCCGACCGUGGAGGUGUGCGGCGGCUGCAACGAGGAGGACGCGGCCAGCUGCGCUGUGUGCCUGGAGGACUACGCCUCCGGCGAGCGCGCCCGGGAGCUGCCCUGCAGGCACAGGUUCCACUCACACUGCAUUGUGCCUUGGCUGGAGAUACACAGCUCGUGCCCCGUCUGCAGGUUCCAGCUGCCGGCCGACGACGAGCCGAAGAACUCAUGCGGCAGCGGCAGUGGGAGUAACAGCGGCACCACCACCACCACCACCACCUAUGUCACCUAUGUUAGUGCUGAUGUCAACGACAGCGGCGAUGGCCAUGGCAAUGAGAUUGGCGAUGGCGGGGGAGAGGCAGCGGGCAAUGCCGCCGUUGAGCACGAUGAUGGUGGUACGGAAGCUGAAGAAGGAAACGUGAGCCGACUGCCGGCGUCGAUUUCGUGGCUCAAUAGCCUCUUCCCUCAGCAGGCGCCAUCGCCGUCGUCCACUUCGACUUCCGGCAGCAGCUCGCGGUACUAUGAGGACUAGCUAACUGCUGGGUUUGCCUUGCCCGCUGCUUUGGAAAGGAUCACGUCACCGCUGUGCUACCGCCAUGGAAGUUUGGAGCUUUUCUCCGUCUCUUUGUGUAAUACGAAACUGGCCUCGCGUGUGCAUUGGGCCAUUUGUGUGUAAGUUUAAAAUCAAGGGUUGUACAGUUAACAUUCGAUACAUUUUUGGCAAUUAUGACUGAUUUUCAUCAGUUUCCAAACUCAAUCCUGUACCAAAAUGCACAAGCCUUGGCAAAUUUGACAAAAUUGCAACUACUCCCUCUCA